AGUUCGGAUCAAAAGCUAAAAUGGAUGACACAACUAAUAGUGAACUUCAGCGUCCAAUCACAGACGUGAACUUCACUGAAGAACAACGUCCCACAUUUUCUGGAAAUAAAUAUUUCAUCCUCAAUACCACACCUGGUAUGACAGCCAAGCCUAAAGAGGACAUCAGUAGAAAGGUCCUUAAACGAGUAUCAGGUCAGCAGGUGUUCAACGUGGAGGAGUGUGAUGCCAUUUUGGUUUUCUGCUUUAUUGUUUCAAGGGCAGGAACUGACACUGACGCUGCACUGCAUGAACUUAACACUCUUUCAGAGUCUAAACCAGCUGUGUUCAUGGUAUUUCAUCACACAUUUGACCUAGAGAAGGUUCUGCCAGACAACAGCAGAUAUGUGACCAGGUUGAAUACACUCACAGUGGACUGUCUUUUCAACGAGGAUGAAGGUCUCCUGAAGUGUGUGAAGAAUUAUGAAGCUCUGACUAGAAUCCAUCAAUGGCUGCAGCCACAGGUUAAGGUGGAGCAGACCCAGGUGUCGUGGUUGAAGUUGUUGUUAAGCUGUUUUCCAUGCUCUCACUGGUGUACACAAAGAGACACAGAGACGACUAAAGUAUCUUCCUAUCUCGAAGUUGAAUCAGAACUGGUCCUUGUCCUGCUGGGCGUGUCUGGGCCAGAGAAGACUACAGUUGAACGCAUGAUACUUGGUCGAGAGGAGAGUCAGGCUGAUAGCUCUCCAGCCACCCAGAUGAAGAUCACAGUCGAUACUGGAGAGGUGGACGGGGAGCAGGUGACUGUGAUCAACACUCCUGACUGGUUCAGCUCUGAGCUUUCUACAGAGGAAAUACAACGAAAAAUACAAAUGUGUAUCCGUCUGUCUUCCCAUGGACCUCACGCUUUCUUCCUAGUCAUACCAGCAAAGCAGUUUUCUGAAGAAGAGAAACAGAUAGUGAAGAAAAUGGAGAUGAUUUUUGAGGAAAGGUGCCAAGAGAGGGUCAUGAUCCUUUAUACUGUUACGGAUGAACAACAAAGGCAGAACAUCCAAGACCAUGACCUCCAGGCAUUUGUGAAAAAAUGUGGAAAUCAGUUUCACGUUCUCAAUAUUAGUGAGACUGGAAAUAAAUCUCAGGUUUCAGAGCUGCUGAAGACAGUAGAGCAGAUAGUAGCAGGAAAAGGAGAGAGUAGUGACGACCGUGAGCUGAACCAAACUCAGAUAGAGACAGCUAUUGCAAAAUCUAAACAGGUGCACAGAGGUAAACAUAAGAGAUACUUCAAAAUACAACUGCAAAAUCCUUGCCGCAAAAUUUGGAUUUGGAGGGAAAAUUAUGAAGCAUUAAAUUAAACCUUUAGAUAGGAUGUUAGAUUAAAAGAAUCCUAACGUGGUAUAGUAAAGCACUGAUAAGCCAUGUCAGGUUUAUUUGCAUAGCUCAACCAUACAAGCAUUCAGGCAGUUAAGAUUUGUUAGUAGGGUACAACGGGGCUAAAGGCACUUAAA